CAACUGUAGUUCCAGGGAAGGCGAUAAGCUUACAGACAGCAUUGGCAAUGCUUGGGUCACAAAUCCCUGGUGGGUACGGUUUUUACUCAACCCCAACGGCGAUGAGGACCGACGGCAGUUUGGGUCGAGUGUUCUUUUGUGCCAAAACACGUGCCAACGGUUGGAAACCUGAAAGAACAUGGGAGUGAAUGCAGGCGACUCACGAAAGGAUUCCAUUACAUCAUCCACUUCCACUUCGCACCUGGAUUUGGAGCUACUGCAACGCUUGUUCGUUAAGUUUGAGCCUGAUUUAGUGAUAGACUCUUAUGAGGAAGCGCAGGGUUCAGGCCGCGGUGACAACUACACAGCUGCUCUGUUCCGCCUGGCACUAAAAGGACACACGCAACCGGAGGGAAGCUCCAAGAAGCUCAAAUGGGAGAAGAGUGUCAUCUGUAAGCGUUUGCCGGAUUGCAAGAUAAAACGGGAGGCGUUUAAAAGUGAAGCUCUGUUUCGUAAUGAGGUCGUAUUCUACAACAGCAUUAUGCCGGAAUACAUCGACUAUCAGCGUCGUCAGGUGAAGGAGGCAUCGAAAUGCCGUGGCACAAAACAUGUCAACGAAGAGGACGAAAGCGAUGAACAGCAGAGUGAAAGUAUAUUCGAUGCUGUUCCGCAAUGCUAUCUGGCCCAGGAUGAUCUGCUCGUACUGGAAGAUUUGCGAGUGCGAUCGUUCACUAUGCCGGAUCGGCAGGCCGGACUAGGUCCGACGCAGCUAGAAGCUGUGCUUAUCGAACUGGCCAAGUUUCAUGCGGUCAGUCUUGCGUACAAACAGCAGCAUCCGGUGGAGUUUCAGAAGCUUGUAAACAGCCUGUCGGAGGGCAUUUUCUCUCAAGCAAAUACCGAUUGGUACCGGAAGUACUAUGACGUAUUGACGCGUAAUGCCAUUCAAAUGGUGCGUCAAACCGUACCAGAGAAGAAGGAACACCUGGCGAAAUUGGAAGCGUUUCUAGAAAAUUGUUUCGCAAACUUGGUGGAGCUGGUUAGCCGUGAUAGUGAACUUUCGGUUAUUUGCCAUGGGGACUGCUGGACAAACAAUGUGCUCUUCCGCUAUGUAGAUGAUGGAAGCAUUGGUGAAACGUGUUUGGUGGACUUUCAGCUCAUUCGUUACGGGUCGCUUGCACUUGAUUUGGCCUAUCUUAUCUACUGCUGCACGGAUAGCUCCUUGCGCAAGGAAUCUCUUCAGCAAUGGCUGCAAACCUACCACCGGCAACUGGUACGCUCGCUUAAACUUCUACUUCUGGGUGCUUUUGAGGAUCUUUUCGGUUCGGAAAAGCGUCUCUGGGAGCUAAUCAACGAGGAGUUUAAGAUUUGUGCUCGUUUUGGACUUGGCACAGCUAUGGAUAUGCUUCCCAUCAGCACCUGUUCUUCGGAGGAAGCACCGGAUCUGUAUGCGAGUGGGUCGGAAACGGCUACCUCUCCGCCCGAGCUGAACGUGCCCCCGAACGAGAUGUGUCGGAGAAAGAUGACCGAGCUCGUGCUGGAGCUGGUCGACGGAGGCAUGCUUUAAGCGAGAUUUAAACUGAAUGUCAUACCAAAUAUUCCUUCUGUAGGAGGGAAACUAGGGUUCCAUCGUUGCACGUGCAGCUUAAUCUGAGGCAGUAUUUAACAGGGUAGAUCUUUAUAGAUGUUACCAAGAUGAAAGUAGUAGUAAUCGAUAUAACCUGAAAAAUAUUUAUCUUUCUCCAUGACAA